AUGUUGUCUGACACAUGACUUUUUAUGUUGCAUACACAAGAAUAUCUAAUUUGAUUCGACAUUUAGUAAUUAAGACAAAUAUAACACUAAGUUUAAUAGUUGUCUUGCCAAUGAACUGAAACAACACUGUACACAUGUGAAAGAUGAACGUAAUUAAUGGGCGGCUGUGUUCGCGUGCGGUGUCGUACUUUUCAAGUGUCAACUGAUCGGAAUCGGGCCUCCUUAGCCGCCUCCAUGAAUAAUAACAGGAUAUGAUAACAUGGCCGUGCAACCGGACUCCGGAGGGAAGGAUGACGUGAAGACACAGUUCGUUACGCGGGAAGGCACGUACAGAUUGAUGACGCUGUCAGAGUACUCAAGACCGAACCGUGUGGGCUACACCAGUGGCUCGGGCUCGACCCAUGUCCGCGUGUCGCUUGUGUCGUUGCCGCCGGGGCCGGGGAGUGGCGCACCCGGCUCUGACGGUCAGGCCUCCGAUGACAGAAUAUGUUUCAAUCAUGGGAAAGAACUCUAUGUUUAUGUUUACAGAGGUGUUAAGAAGGCCGCAGACCUCACAAAGCCUGUGGACAAAAAGAUGUACAAGGGCACCAACCCAACGUGUCACGACUUCAACGCGGCUACGGUGACGCCAGAGAGCGUCGCGCUCGUCGUUGGCUUCUCUACUGGACAAAUACAGCUCAUAGAUCCUAUUAAAAAGGAAUUAAGUAAAUUAUACAAUGAAGAGAGACUGAUAGAUAAGACACGCGUCACUUGCAUCAAGUGGGUGCCGGGGUCAAGCAAUCUGUUCAUAGCGGCGCAUGCUUCGGGCCAGCUGUAUGUGUACAACGAGGAGCUGACCUGCGGCACCGCCUCCCCGCACUACCAGUUGUUCAAGCAGGGCGACGGCUACUCCAUUCACACGUGCCGCACCAAGUCCACCCGCAACCCCCUCUACAGGUGGCUCAUCGGUGUCGACGGCAGCUGCAUCAACGAGUUCGCCUUCUCCCCGUGUGGCACCAACUUAGCUGUAGUAUCACAGGACGGUUUCCUUAGGGUUUUUCAUUACGACACAAUGGAACUGAUCGGUCGAGCCCGAUCGUACUUUGGUGGAUUUUUAUGUGUAUGUUGGUCGCCCGACGGAAAGUACGUGGUGGUCGGGGGAGAGGACGACCUAGUUACUGUGUGGUCCUUCGGCGAGAGGAGAGUGGUCGCGCGGGGACAAGGCCACAGGUCCUGGGUGUCCGUGGUCGCCUUCGACCCCUACGUGGUCAGCUUCAGCGAGGGCGACAGCGAAGAAGUCGUAGAUGAGGACAAGAAAAGUGAAAGUGUACAGUGCUACAGACUAGGCAGUGUUUCGCAGGACACGCAAUUGUGUUUUUGGGAUUUGACCGAGGAUGUGCUGAGGCCACCGGUGCGGGCGCGGGCCUCGGCGCAUCUGUCGCCGAACAGCCAGAACUUCUCUCCCAACGGAGUUCCCGGUGCCAAGGUUCCCGCAAAGUGCACCAAGACGAACAAGGUGGGGCACAAGCAUGCAGAGUUAAGUGGUCACAACAACGCGGCGGGUGAGCCCUCCGGCGCCAAGCCCGCCGCCAAGACGAAAGCGAACAACGUCUCCACGUUGAACAUCAGCGUCGGCAAAGCGAAGGACGAGAGCUCCGGCUCACUCGGUGUCAACUUUACGCAGCGGCUCGCGGGCUUCUCGUUCGGCGAGCGGAGAUCCGACCACCGGAGGAACUUUAGUCUGUCGAAGCCCGCCGAGAAGACGUCGGCUACGAACACGGUCGCACUGCGGGGCAAGUCGGCAGGCAUGCAUACGAACGAUACGUACGACCCCUUGAAGUUGAUCGGGACGCCGUCUUGCCCGCGCUUCGACGAGUGUCCGGUGCUGGAGCCGCUGAUCUGCAAGAAGAUCGCACACGAGCGGCUGACGUCGCUGCUGUUCCGCGCAGAGUACUUCGUGACGGCGUGCGCGGACGGCUGCGUCAACACGUGGGCGCGGCCCAGCCGGCAGCACAACGGGGACGUGCGCCCGCGCCGCACAGAGCGCGCAGACCGCAUCGACCUCGUCGACUAGUCCCUACAGUGCAGUGCAUUGACACACAUAGUUCAGUAGCUCCGUGUUACAGGCUCUGUAAGUGACACUUUUAGUUAAUACCAACUUUCAUCACAGUCUGUUCAAAAUUUAUUCAUUUUAAACUCGUUAUUUGUUUCCAUAAUUUGACAAAUAUACUCACAUUUGCAAACUAGUCUAUCGAGUUUGUUAAGUAAAUAUU